CAGAGGAAGUGGUAAAGGAAACUAGCUGAGUCGUUUUCUGAGAAGAGACCAUAUUUGUUCACAGGGGAAGCCACCGCUUCUUGGGAUCUGGCUACAGCAGAAACGACGCCUGUUCAACAAGGGUGUUUCUGAGCAUAGUUGGGAUUCGAAAGAGCCAAGGACACCUCGGAGUUCUGGAUCUGGGUUUUUUCUCUGUUCAUGGCUGCAGCAGCUCUCCUCAGCUUGUGAGCUUCUCCCUGAACAGCAGCCAUGGCCUUAAAGAAUGUGCCCUUUCGCUCAGAGGUCUUAGCCUGGAACCCGGACAGCCUCGCUGAUUAUUUCAGGAAGUUGAACUACAAGGACUGUGAGAAGGCGGUGAGGAAGUACCACAUUGACGGCGCUCGGUUCUUGAACCUGACAGAAAAUGACAUCCAGAAGUUCCCUAAGCUGAGGAUGCCGAUUCUCAGUAAGUUAAGUCAAGACAUCAACAAGAAUGAAGAGAGAAGAAGCAUUUUCACACGCAAAACCCAGGUUCAGCGAUUUCCGGAGGAGACAGAAAGCCAUGAAGAAGACAAUGGUGGCUGGUCAUCCUUUGAAGAAGAUGACUAUGAAAGUCCCAACGAGGAUGAUCCGGAAGGGGAGGACGAUGGUGACUACGAGUCCCCCAAUGAGGAAGAAGAGGUGUUGGUGAAUGAUAUUGAUGAUUAUGAGCCUCCACCCUCCAAUGAUGAGGAGGCUCUGCAGAACUCCAUCCUGCCCGCAAAGCCUUUCCCCAACACCAACUCCAUGUACAUCGACCGGCCUCCCACCAGCAAGGUCUCCCAGCAGCCUCCGGUGCCCCCGCAGAGACCAAUGGCUGCCCUCCCUCCCUUGCCAACGACUGGCCGGAAUCACUCACCACUGUCUCCACCCCAACCCACCCAUGAAGAACCCAGCAGAAAUCGAAACCACAAACCAGCAAAGUUGCCUCCUCCAUCAAUAGACAGAAGCACAAAACCUCCCCUCGACCGCUCACUGGCGCCUCCCGACCGAGAGCCCUUCACACUAGGAAAGAAACCAACAUUUUCUGACAAGCCCUCAGCCCCUGUGGGAAGGACUCUCGGGGAGCAUUUACCCAAGAUACAAAAGCCUCCUUUACCACCAGCCAUGGACAGACACGAAAGGAAUGAAAGGAGCGGACCCCUGACAGCAAAGAAGCCACCGGUUCCAAAGCAUGGACGGGGACCAGACAGAAGAGAGACUGAUGAAGAUGAUGUGCAUCAAAGACCUUUGCCCCAGCCAUCACUACCUUCUAUGAGCUCCAACACAUUCCCUUCAAGAUCUGCCAAGCCCAGCCCCAAGCACACAUUCCCAUUGUCUCACGGGCCGGGAGCCUUCUCAGAAAGUAACAUUGGCUUCCAGCAGAGUGCCUCCCUGCCUCCAUACUUCUCUCAAGGUCUCAGCAACAGACCACCUCUCAGAAAUGAAGGUAGAAACUUACCCUUGCCAGUUCCAAACAGGCCGCAGCCUCCAUCUCCUGGGGAUGAAGAGACUUCACUAGAUGAAGAGUGGUACGCCUCAUAUAUUACCCGACCAGAGGCAGAAGCUGCUCUUAGGAAGAUAAACCAGGAUGGCACUUUCCUGGUUAGAGAUAGUUCUAAGAAAACAGUAAACAAUCCAUAUGUUCUCAUGGUGUUGUACAAAGACAAAGUUUACAACAUUCAGAUCCGUUACCAGGAGGAAAGUCAAGUAUACUUGUUGGGGACUGGACUUCGAGGAAAAGAGGACUUUCUGUCUGUAUCAGAUAUUAUUGACUACUUCAGGAAAAUGCCACUGUUGCUCAUUGAUGGAAAAAACCGAGGCUCCAGAUACCAGUGCACGCUGACAUACGCUGCGGGGUGUCCAUAGCAAGUUAGCCAAGCAAGUCAGUCUCCUGACUCUUGUCAAUGCAGGAAGGUCAAGCGGCCUUAGGACGUGGAUAAACACUUAGGACUAAAGCAAACCCUCAAUUCGGGCACAGAGUUUUGCCCUUUCCUUUAAAAAGAGUUUGAAGAUUGCUGAAUAUCCCAUAAUUUAUUUAUUUUCUUCGAUGUCUGUAAAGUGCAGAAGUAAUCAUGCCCAUAUAUGAAGCCUAAGAGUGCAUUGCAGUACUUCAUCUCAAGACAUGAGAUUUUGAACAAUCCAUCUCAAAAUACAGUACUUUACAUACUACAGAAAUAAUGUGGGGCAAGUUUAAGAAGUACUGAAACUGAUUGUUUGUGAUCUCACAUGUUUUAUAAUGAAACUUUGUCAGUCCAAGGCAACCUUUUUUUUUUUUUUAUACAACUUAACACAAUUAAAAUUAACUUUCUGAGCAGCAAUAACUUAAGAGGCUCCAGAAACAUAACCCCAUUCUUUCUUAUUUGGUUUUGCAGGGAGUAUUUUCAUGUAUUUUUUAUUUGAGAUAAAUGCAUGUUGGGAUAACUUCCUGGAAUUAAAGUUAUCUUUUGCUUUACUCUUUCAGAUCCUUAAAACAACUUUAUUAUUUGGUCCAUACUGUUAUAUUUUGGUUUUAAAGUAAAUAUAAGCUACAAAUUCUGUAAGAAAACGGUUUUAGAUUCAGUGAUGCAGCUUUGCUGCCAAACACGCUGGCUGUUGCUUCUCUACCACAGCCUCCUGUAUCUACAUCCACAGUGUACCCCUCCAGUCUUGAAAAGCAUUCUCUAGUGUUGAAGAUCUCCUGGGACGAUAGAGCAAUGCUUUGCACAUGCGCGCGCGCGCACACACACACACACACACACACACUUCUAGCCCACUUCCCUACUAGAUAAAACUUGUAUUAGUUGACUUUCACUUAGAAAGUUUGACUUUUGCUCAGUAUGGUCACUUGUUCCCGUUCCUUUGGACAUGUGAUACAGGACACUGAAAUGGUGGCUGGAAGCAAAAGCAAAGGAAGAUUUGGUAAUCUCCUUCAAGGGCAUGCACCUACUGACCUAACUCCAUCUGGGCUCUCCCUCCUAAGGUCCCACCACUGCUGACUGUUGCCCUGGCUCAGGAGCAAGCCUCUAACACUGGGGCCUUUGGAAAAAACCCAUCCAAACUUCAGCUCUGCUUUUCUGUCAUCAACACAAGUGUGCUGUGAAACUCCUGUCUCUUCCUUCUCAGAUUGACUUAUAAAUCAUUCGCAGCACCUCAACUCUCCUUCAAUUUAUAAAUCACACUUAAUGAAGCAUACAGUUGGCUUUCUGGCUUAUGUUGCUUUACCAUUUUCAACUAUAUGGUAUGGGGGUGAUGCUUGUUAAGUACAAACUGUAUGCCAACGUGAAUUUUGCUUUUUCCUGAGCUAGCAACAGGUGAUAUGAAAGUCUUGGUCAGCCAUGUGACCACCAGGGUACCCACCAGUACUUUACAGUGUUGCAAGUUUUUUGGUUGCAAGUGUUUUGUUUUGUUUUUCCUUUUGGGGGGGGUAUGGAAAUUCAAUAAAUUAAAUAAUAUCUUGAGUAUUUUAAGACAAAACAGAAUUUGUGUUAGGUGACUUUGCCCAACCACAGGCUAAAGGUGUAUGAUCUGAACAUGUUUAAGGCAGGCUAGGCUGAGCUCUGAUGUUCAAUAGGUACUGUCAGUAAAUAAAUUUUCAGUUCACAGUAUUUCCCCUUGCCACUGUAAGCUUUAUCAAGACAUCAGUGUAGGCUGAGGAGAAUUUGCAGUUCUGUUCAUGUUUAGCAAGCCAUAACCUAGUAUUCACUGAACACUGACAUGCCUUGUUCUUCUAAUCUCAUUCCUUCAGGACUUCUAGCAUCACUGUGUGACAUUUAUUGACAAAUGUUUUGAUUUCUCUGAUCUACAAAAUUUUCAAGUGGAAAGGAAUAGUCUAUACCUUUAUUUUCAUAAGUUAAAGGAACCUUAGAAGUCACCAGGUUAAUACACUAAGCUAAGGAAUAAGUAGAAUGCAGAAAUGCUUAACAAAUGACAAUAAUGCUCUAAUAAAUAAAAAUAAUAAAACCUCAUCCUCACAAGCCCGGAGUUCUCAACUUAGGACCUAGAACUUGGGAAUGCUAAAGCUGAAAACUGUAUUAAUUACAUUUCCUCAGCAGGUGUCCAACAGGAAUUUACAGCACCCAUACUGUGUAAAACACUGAGUAGGUUCUGGGGAGAGAGCAGCAGGAAACUGCAGGUAUUUCUCCAUCUAAAGGUGAUGAAAUUUAAGGACAUGGUAGAUCUCAAAGCAUUGGUAGCUGUGAUGAUUAAAUAUGUCAACUUAACUGUU